AUGGGCUCACUCGUAGUCAGGGCAUGCCUUGCCCUCUCCCUCCUUACCUCUAGCUUUUCGUUUCCGCACGGCCCGUCCGCAAGGAAGCUUCGGCAGGCUAGAGACACCCCCGCCCUCGUCCAGCCGAUAUACCGGCCUUUCCCACUCGGGUCGAUCAAGCCGCGGGGAUGGUUCAAAGACCAAUUGACCCUGGAAGGCCUCGGGCUUGCCGGCAACCUGUUCGACUUCUACCGCUUUGUCCGUGAUUCUAUGUGGCUAGGCGGUUCGUCUGAGUAUUCUACUCUUCACGAAUCUUCUCCGUAUUGGUUCAAUGGCCUCGUGCCCCUGGCCUUCGGGUUGGACGAUUCGAGGCUUCAGCGACAGGUCUUCUCAUACCUGGAUUACGUUCUUGACCACCAGCAGAGCGAUGGCUGGUUCGGGCCCGAGACCACCCGUCAGACCCGAGGCUUAUGGGCCCGCUGCUACUUCUUGCUCGGGCUCAUGCAAUAUGCCCAGGCCGAUGCUUUGCUGAGGGAUAGGAUCGUGGAUUCCAUGCAUCGAUAUGUCCAGCUCGCUCACAGCAUGCUGAAAGACAACUUCACUGGCCUAAUCCCUAAACAGGGUGACGAAUUCGAUGGGAGCGGAUGGGGCCCUAUGAGGGCCCAUGAGAUGCAUAUCCCGCUUCAAUGGCUGUACGAAGAGCAUCCUAGAAACAACUCGCAGAUCAUCUGGGAGACCCUGGAGCUCAUGAUUGAAGGAAGCGCAAAAGCUGGCGCCGACUGGAGAACGUAUUGGGUAAAAGGAGUAUACCCAGAGGUCAUAUACGACCCCCAACACCCACCCUAUCAUAGAUUAUUCAAUCACGGUGUCAACGUGGCAGAAGGCCUUCGCUAUCCUCUGGCGAUAUACCGCAUGACCCACGAUGAUUCAUUAAGGACGCAGACCAGGACCGCGGUAGAUCUGCUAGCACAGUACCACAAAUCCUUGGCCGGCACGAUCAUCGCGGACGAAUUUGUCACCGACCUGAACCCAAGCCGAGGCGCAGAAUUGUGCACAGCUGCGGAGUUGGCAUUCUCUAUGGCUUACAUUUAUCAGUACCUAGGCGACAACGAUUUGGCAGACUGGGCCGAACAGGUCACAUUCAACGCCGUGCCGGCGUCCAUCUUCCCAGACUGGUGGUCACACCAAUAUGUGCAGCAGGAGAACCAGCCCUGGUCCCGCAAUCUGUCCGUAUAUCCCGAGAUGUGGUCGAAUGUGGGUUCUCACGGGAAUGUAUUUGGACUAGAACCUGACUACCCCUGCUGUACCGUGAAUCACCCUCAAGCCUACCCUAAGUUCCUCGCAAAUUCGUUUGCUCUUACUGAGGACGGUGGGAUCGCUCAUAUUCUGCUCUCACCCGGAAGCGUCGCUACUUCGCUAGGAAGCAACCAAGUGAAGAUUGAUGUCGAUACGGCCUACCCAUUCGGACACAGUCUAAGAUACACGAUAACGGCGAAUGACGAAUUCACGUUCUACGUGCGGAUCCCGGGCUGGGCUGACGACAAGUCGAGCACCAUUAUCGGGGGUACAUACGAACAGCCCCAGCCUCUCUCGCCGUCGGAUAAGGGGCUCCAGAAGGUCCGGGUCGGCAAAGGUCUGAGCUCCUUAACCGUCAACCUGGAUACGCAGCCGCGUGUAGUCACCCGGGCAAACAACACAGCGGCCGUGUACUACGGCGCGUUGCUGUACAGCCUCGCUAUCGACACGCGCGUGACCGAGGUGCCGUUGGUCGCGUAUGACGGUGGGGAGGUCCCGUUCUCGAGCACGACACCCCAUACGCAUGACCACGAGAUCGAGCCGACGAGCACGUGGAACGUGGCCAUAGACCCGUCGCAGAUCAAGGUGGUACGCGCCAGAAACGCGGGCCAAAACGGCGACGGCGACGCCGCGGCCCCGGACGCGCCCCUGAGCAACCCAGUCUGGGACAUCGGCGGCUCGCCUGUCGAGCUCCGCGUCGCAGCCGUCGAGAUCGACUGGCCGCUCGCGUUCGACUCGGCGGCGGACCCACCCCUGGAGCCUAGAGUGACGGGGAAACCGUUCGCCGCGCGCUUCGUACCCUUCGGCAGCGCCAAGAUCCACAUGGCGCACCUGCCGGUCGUCCAGCUCGCCAAGGUGGACCUGGACGCGGCGGAGAAGGAAGGGGGGAGGUGA